AACUUACGCAUUAAAUAAUCUUAUCACAAAGUAAUAAUCACAAAGUGUCAGUAAAACUAGUCACUGAAACUUAUUUUUCAUAUAGAUUUAAGAAAUAAUUAAAAAAAAAAAAAAAUUGAAAACAAGAUUUUAUGUUUAAUAAUCAGGUUGUAUGAUAAGAGUUAACUGUCAUAAUAAAAAGUGAAUUGAGUAUUUGAUAAAAAUUAAUACAACAUUUACUGCUUAAUACUUUAUAAUAAUUUAAAUAUAAUAAAAAUGGAUGUAUUAAAACCAGAGCUAAUAUGGGUGGAUGGAAGAUGUUACAGAUUUUUUGAAAGUGAAGCUUGGAUAAAUAAGAAUAAUAUGGAUUCAUAUGUAGAGGAAGAUUAUCAGGCAGAUUAUACAGAUGAGGAAUGUUCUGAUUUUAACAUUGAAAUAGUACCUCAUGGAGAAGCAAAAUUAAAACAUUCGUUUCAUGUUGCAAAGCCAUUCUUUCCGUUUAUUAUUGGUUCCAAAAAUGCAGUACGUAAGAGAAUAGAAAUUGAGACCAAAACAAGUAUACAAGUUCCCAAACCAGAACAAGAUGGAGACAUAGUUAUAAUUGGAUCAGAUCGUAGAGGCAUAUUAUCAGCACGACAUCGAAUUGAUUUAAUUAUAGAAGUAUCUAGGAAAAAAUUAAGCUACACACAUUUUUUGUCUAUACCAUUAAAUACAGAUGAGAUUAUUAAAAAUUUCAAUUCAUUUAAAAGUGAUGUAAUUCAAAAAUUUGGAGGAGAUAUUACAGGCAUAAAUGAAAUUAUUUUCCAGAAACCAAUUAAAUUGCAUCUUACUAUAGGAAUGCUUACUUUAUUAGAUGAAGAAGAAAGAAACCAAGCAGUACAAACAUUUAUGGAUUGCAAACAACAUAUUAUUGACCCUUUCAUUGAGAAACAUGGUUUAUUUACUUUAGAAAUAAAAGGUGUUCAAUCCAUGAAUGAUAAUCCAAGUGCCGUUAAAAUUCUUUAUGGAAUAGUAUUUACAGAAAAUGAUAUAUUACAAGAAUUGUUUAAUCAAAUAGUAGAUUAUUUUGCAGAAAAGGACUUAAUGCCAAACAGAACAAAAGAUGUUAAAUUACAUGUUACUUUCAUGAACAUAGCGUAUAGAAAGAAAGAUAACAAUGUAACAAUAGAUAAAAAUAUUUACAAAAAAUUUGAUGCCACACAAAUUUUAAAUGAAUAUAAAGAUACAUUAUUUGGUAAAACGGUUUUAAAAGAAAUUCACUUGUCACAACUUAAAACUGCUACAGAGGUAAACUAUUAUCAAGCAACAGCUAAAAUUACAUUGGGUGAGGAACAACCAUAAUAAAAAAGUAAAUUUAAAGUC